UCAGGACUGUAUGAGGCACUAAGUGAAAUAUAUAUAUGCCCUUACAGGGUUUAGCACAUCGGGUCCAGGCUGUAGCUCAUUCCUCCAGGGUGCAGGCUGUAGCUCAUUCUGACCACUCUCCUCUCCUAGGAAUCACCCAUUAAGUGGCUUUUUUUUGGUUGGGAUUUUUAACAAAAAAAAAAAACAACAUUUUUAGGGCACUUUUACUUCCCAGUUGAAGCAGCACAAGAUGGCACCAAAGAAGGACGUAAAGAAACCAGCAGCAGCCGCAGCACCAGCGCCUGCACCAGCACCUGCACCUGCACCAGCCAAGCCCAAAGAGCCUGCCAUCGACCUCAAGAGCAUCAAGAUCGAGUUCUCCAAGGAGCAGCAGGAUGACUUCAAGGAGGCUUUCCUCCUCUUUGACAGGACUGGUGAUGCCAAGAUCACCCUCAGCCAGGUUGGCGACAUCAUCCGGGCACUGGGGCAGAACCCGACCAAUGCAGAGAUCAACAAAAUCCUGGGGAACCCCAGCAAGGAGGAGAUGAAUGCCAAGAAGAUUACUUUUGAGGAGUUCCUGCCCAUGCUGCAAGCAGCUGCCAACAACAAGGAGCAGGGCACCUUUGAGGACUUUGUGGAAGGUCUGCGUGUGUUUGACAAGGAAGGCAAUGGCACGGUCAUGGGGGCUGAGCUCCGCCACGUGCUGGCCACUCUGGGUGAGAAGAUGACAGAAGAAGAAGUAGAUGAACUCAUGAAAGGCCAGGAGGACUCAAAUGGCUGCAUCAACUACGAGGCAUUUGUAAAGCACAUCCUGUCUGUCUAAGAGGAAUUCCCCAGGUACCAAAUGAACGAGCCAAAAUUAGAAAGACCAGAUGGCCCUGGAGAUAUGCCUGAAAUUCUUGCUCAGUCUGUCAACAUGGAAACUGCAGAGAACUGGAUGAUAUGACUCCAACCCCACCAUUUUUUACCAGCACAUCCAUGGGUAUCACCUUUGGGUCACUACGCUUUCAUUAAAAAAACCUGAGCACUGAAUAAACUCUACCAUCCAGGGUCCAUCCCUCCCAGUCAUCUCUUUCCAUGUUAUUUGCAUUGAAACAAUGUAAUUCCUUGGAAAAAUAAAGCAUCCAUAAAUCCUUGUGGUCA